GGAUUGUCAUAGAACCCUGCCUUGGAGGCAGUGAACACACUGUUCUCCCGGGCCUGGCCGUGUCCCUGGGGUUUGCUCAGAGGAGGAAGUGGUUUCCUUCUAGGGGCUUGAGUUGAUGCUGGGGACAGCUGAGACCCUGUUCAGGGACAGGCAGGGAGUGGCUGCGUGCCUCUGGGUCCUCUAGCUCCCCCAGGGGGAGCUCUGGGGCUGGAAUCUGCCUUGCCCUUCCCCGCAGUCCUGGAACGCAUUGUUGUAACUGGCUGAUCACCUGUCUGACACUUCGUGCUGCCCCUGACUCUGGGCUUUUGGAGGGUGGGGCUGAGUUACUCAUUAUUCCUGGAAUCCUGUGGGACCUCAGGGAUGCUGUGGAGCAGGACGAGUGUCCCUUAUGACUGUCAGGCUCCUCACAGUUUUUGUUCGCUGCCUUGAGUCUUAUGCCAGUGUUGGCACAGAUAGAGGGAAGAAGGUGGGAUUUCCAUCUUGGGAGGGAGCUGAGGCCCCUUAGGAGACGACAGUAUAAUGCACUUGUUCAAGCUUCAUGGCCAAGAUAAGACUCAGGCCUCCUGGCUCCCAGUCUGCUCUUGCCAUCCCAGAAGCUCCUGGGGUGUGGCUGGGUACCCUCUGACCUGGCCGGGUCUGGGGAGGGGUCGCCUUGUUCAAGGAGAGGCCACAGAGCCCUGGCUUGGGCAGGCGUCCCCUUAUCUCAUCUGCGGUCAGGGCAGCGGGGCCCUCUGCCCACUACCCACCCCCGCCUGCCAUGUAAUCCCCGGCUGGACCGUGUGACCCGACUGGCAUUCUCCUGGCUGGAAUCUGGCGCUUCUGACAGCAGUUGCUAUAUCGGGGGAGCUGGGAACCGCCCUGGACACGGUCAGCCCCACCCUCAUCCCCUGCUUUGCUCUUGGUAGCGUUCAGGCAGGAUCACAGUGGCAGCUGCGAGGGUCGGACACCCAGGUCUCCGGAGUGAACUCUAGGCCCAGCCCCCAUCCGCCACCAUUCCGUGCUGCGGGGACACCAUGGCUCCAGAGGAAGAGGCUGGAGGGGAGGCCCUGGAGGGCAGUUUCUGGGAGGCUGGCAACUACAGGCGGACCGUGCAGCGGGUGGAGGACGGGCACCGGCUGUGCGGGGACCUGGUCAGCUGCUUCCAGGAGCGCGCCCGCAUCGAGAAGGCCUACGCCCAGCAGCUGGCUGAUUGGGCCCGCAAGUGGAGGGGCGCUGUGGAGAAGGGCCCCCAGUAUGGAACGCUGGAGAAGGCCUGGCACGCCUUCUUCACGGCAGCCGAGCGGCUGAGCGCGCUGCACCUGGAGGUGCGGGAGAAGCUGCAGGGCCAGGACAGCGAGCGGGUGCGUUCCUGGCAGCGGGGCGCCUUCCACCGGCCUGUGCUGGGCGGCUUCCGCGAGAGCCGGGCGGCCGAGGACGGCUUCCGCAAGGCCCAGAAGCCCUGGCUCAAGAGGCUGAAGGAGGUUGAGGCUUCCAAGAAAAGCUACCACGCAGCCCGGAAGGAGGAGAAGACCGCCCAGACGCGGGAGAGCCACGCAAAGGCAGACAGCGCCGUGUCCCAGGAGCAGCUGCGGAAGCUGCAGGAGCGGGUGGAACGGUGCUCCAAGGAGGCCGAGAAGACGAAGACCCAGUAUGAGCAGAGCCUGGCGGAGCUGCACCGCUAUACCCCACGCUACAUGGAGGACAUGGAGCAGGCCUUUGAGAGCUGCCAGGCGGCCGAGCGCCAGCGGCUCCUCUUCUUCAAGGACAUGCUGCUCACCUUACACCAGCACCUAGACCUCUCCAGCAGUGAGAGGUUCCACGAACUCCACCGAGACCUGCAUCAGGGCAUCGAGGCAGCCAGCGAUGAGGAGGACCUGCGCUGGUGGUGCAGCACCCAUGGGCCGGGCAUGGCCAUGAACUGGCCCCAGUUUGAGGAGUGGUCCUUGGACACACAGAGGACAAUCAGCCGGAAGGAGAAGGGUGGCCGGAGCCCUGACGAGGUUACCCUGACCAGCAUUGUACCCACCAAAGAUGGCACUGCACCCCCACCCCAGUCCCCGGGGUCCCCACGUGGCAGACACGAGGAGGAAUGGUCAGAUGAGGAAAACCCCCCGAAGGCUGCCACGGGCGUGCGGGUGCGGGCACUCUAUGACUACGCGGGGCAAGAAGCCGAUGAGCUGAGCUUCCGAGCAGGGGAGGAGCUGCUGAAGAUGAGCGAGGAGGAUGAACAGGGCUGGUGUCAGGGCCAGCUGCAGAGUGGCCGGAUUGGCCUGUACCCUGCCAACUACGUGGAAUGUGUGGGGGCCUGACCUGCCCUGGCAGCCCUUGUGCAACGUUUCUCCACCCUGAGUCAGAGCCCAGCUUGUUUGGACAGCCGGACCUGAGGGCCCUGAACCAUCCUGUCCCCUGCGACCGCUCUGUCCCUCCAGGAGGGAGAAGUCCUGGGACCCAGGGAGGGGAGGGGCCUUGUGUCUGGGAAGGGACAGUAGGGAAGGGCCAACUGAGUCUACGCUGAGAAGAUGGGGAGGUGGGGAGGUCAGGAAGUGACGGAAGGGCUCAGGGGUGCCUGAGCCUCCCCAAAGAGUCCUCCAGUCUCCCCGGGAGCUGUGGACCUAGUCUCUCUUUUGGGGCUCCAGGGGUUGGCUUGGGUUGAGUGUAGUUCUGGGCUAGCAGCACUCUUGUGGCUUGUUCUAGUGUGUAUUAAACUUCGAAG